UUGUUCAUACCUCACUCGAAAAAAUUAAACAGCACAAAAUCUUUCCACUUUCCAUGUUUAUUUCUCCUUCCAUUUCCUUCGUUUAUCAUUAUUAGAUCUUUCUUCUCUCAUUUCCAAUCUCUGGGGUUUAUUAUACAAGUGUGUAGAAGAUGGCAUCAAGCGGAAAUGGAAACGUGGCUAACGGUAACGGGACGGCGAGGAACGGACUUCCGGCGAUUCAUACCCAUAAGAAGCAUGUGAACGGGAUUUGUCACGACGACAGCGGUCCGACGGUGAAGGCUAAGACGAUUGAUGAGCUUCACUCUCUUCAGAAGAAGAAAUCAGCACCUACCACUCCCGUUACGAGCUCCCAAACUCCCUUUGCCACCCUCUCUGAACAAGAGCGCCAGAAACAGCAACUCCAGUCAAUCAGUGCAUCAUUGGCGUCACUGACGAGAGAAACUGGACCAAAGGUGGUGAAGGGAGACCCAGCAAAGAAGUCAGAAUCACAAGUGCACCACGACCACCACCACCACCACCAUGUUGCUACUCCAACCAUCGCUGUUAGCGACAGUGCUCUCAAAUUCACCCAUGUCCUCUACAAUCUCUCCCCAGCUGAAUUAUAUGAACAAGCAAUUAAGUAUGAGAAAGGAUCGUUCAUCACUUCCACAGGGGCAUUGGCAACACUUUCUGGUGCCAAGACAGGGCGUUCUCCGAGGGACAAGCGCGUAGUUAAGGAUGAUGUUACUGAGAAUGAGCUUUGGUGGGGAAAGGGCUCCCCUAACAUUGAGAUGGACGAGCACACUUUUAUGGUGAACAGAGAAAGAGCCGUCGAUUACUUGAACUCUCUCGACAAGGUCUUUGUCAAUGACCAAUUCCUGAAUUGGGACCCUGAGAACAAAAUCAAAGUGAGGAUAGUAUCAGCAAGAGCUUAUCAUUCCUUGUUCAUGCACAACAUGUGUAUCCGACCCACUCCGGAAGAGCUGGAGAAUUUCGGUACUCCGGACUUCACUAUAUACAAUGCUGGACAGUUCCCCUGUAACCGUUACACUCACUACAUGACAUCCUCCACUAGCAUAGACCUUAAUCUUGCUAGGAGGGAAAUGGUCAUCCUCGGCACGCAGUAUGCCGGGGAGAUGAAGAAGGGCCUGUUCAGUGUCAUGCAUUAUCUCAUGCCUAAGCGUCAAAUCCUCUCCCUUCACUCCGGAUGCAACAUGGGAAGAGACGGCGACGUUGCUCUCUUCUUUGGACUCUCAGGUACUGGAAAGACCACCCUUUCUACCGAUCACAAUAGGUUCUUGAUUGGAGAUGAUGAACAUUGUUGGAGUGACAAAGGUGUAUCCAACAUUGAAGGUGGCUGCUAUGCCAAAUGCAUUGAUCUCUGCCAGGAGAAAGAGCCUGAUAUUUGGAAUGCAAUCAGAUUUGGCACAGUCUUGGAAAACGUGGUGUUUGAUGAGCAUUCCCGAGAGGUUGAUUACUCAGACAAAUCAGUUACAGAAAAUACAAGAGCAUCUUAUCCUAUUGAGUACAUUCCAAAUGCCAAAUUGCCAUGUGUUGGUCCUCAUCCAAAGAAUGUUAUACUUUUGGCUUGUGACGCCUUUGGUGUGCUACCACCUGUCAGUAAGCUAAACCUUGCACAGACCAUGUACCAUUUCAUCAGUGGUUACACUGCUUUGGUGGCUGGCACUGAGGAUGGUAUUAAGGAGCCAACAGCAACUUUCUCAGCUUGUUUUGGUGCUGCUUUCAUAAUGCUACACCCAACAAAGUAUGCUGCAAUGCUUGCUGAGAAGAUGGAGAAGCACGGCGCUACCGGCUGGCUUGUUAACACCGGUUGGUCUGGUGGGAGGUAUGGUUAUGGUAGCCGUAUCAAGCUACCCUACACAAGAAAAAUCAUUGAUGCUAUUCAUUCUGGAAGCCUCUUAAAUGCUGAGUACAAGAAGACUGAGAUUUUUGGGUUUGAGAUCCCAACAGAAGUUGAAGGGGUCCCUUCAGAAAUUCUUGAUCCUAUUAACACUUGGUCAGACAAAAAGGCCUACAAUGAAACACUGUUGAAGCUUGCUGGGUUGUUCAAGAAGAAUUUUGAGACAUUCACCAAUCACAAGAUUGGCAAGGACAACAAACUCACUGAAGAGAUUCUGGCAGCUGGACCAGUGUUUUGAAAAUGGAGAAUGCAUGCUGUGUUAAGUGGGGGUGGCUGGGAUUAAGGGAUUAUUAUUAUUGUUAGGAAAUAUAUAUAUAUGUGGUUGAAUAAACAUAUUAUAUAUUGCAUUUCUAAUAAUAAUUUUGGUUUAGUUGGUUUGGUUUUAGUCAUAUGUAAAGUUGAAGUGUUGCUACAUUUCUAACUUUUUCACAUGAAUGGAAUUCACUGCUUCUCAUUUUACUA